UUUAUACAAUGUUUGCUAUCCGGUGUCGACUCAGAUGGGUUCCACUUCUGAGUCUUGGUUCCUCUCAAGGUUUCUUACUCGUUUAGGGAGUUUUUCCUCGCCACUGUCACCACUGGCAAUGUUGAUGGGGGCUCAGAUCCGGAUUUUCUUUUCUUUUUCUUUUAAUCUUUUGUAAAGUUUAGUGGUGUCCCAUAUCUGUGUGAUUAUAUUUUCCCCUCAUUGAUUCUCUAAACAAAAAACUCUCUUGUAUUCAGAACACAUCUGAAUCUGCAUUUUGAUCUGCAUCUGAAACAAUUUUCAUGGUUUGGGAUGCGGAAAUAAUGCAGUUGGAAAUCUCAGGCAUUUGGAUUUUAGCUUUUGUUUUUUAUCGAUGAACUUUCAGUGUGAGAGCUGGUCUAACAGCAGUUCUGUGGACGAACAUGGAAAGAACCGUGUCUUUAUGGGCUGUGUGUGUGGAGGGGAUUUUAAGCAAGUGCAGUGUUUACAGCUCACUCAGACACUGAUGGCUUAAGUUCUGUUGAAGAGUUUGGGGGGAAAAGGGUGACAGCAGUUGAUCUCAGAGAUGUUCCGCAUGUUCCGCCGAAUCCGGGUGAGGUAUUGGAAGUUGGAUAUGGUGGCUCUGUUUAUUGUCGGCGCUUUGAUCAUACUGCUGAGAACAAACAUCCAUGACAAGAACCAAGAGGAGCCUGGAUAUAAAUGGAAUCUGGAAACAGAUGCUGGGACUCCUCAAGCUUUUUCAAGUUUACCACCAAAAUGUGAACAGAACUCAUCUGUUUCCAACUUCAGUGGAUUUUCCUCCUUGCCCCAACACAUUCAGGACUUCCUGUAUUACAGACAUUGUCGGCAUUUUCCGAUGCUGCUCAACAUUCCUGACAAGUGUGGAGGUCCAGAGCGAUCUUCAGAUGUGUUUCUUUUGUUGGUCAUCAAGAGUUCUCCACCCAAUUAUGACAGAAGGGAGGUGCUGCGAAAAACAUGGGCUGCUGAGAGGCUGCAGAACGGUGUUUGGAUUCGUAUCGUGUUUAUAUCUGGGACUGAUGGACAGAGCUUUGAAAAGCAGAGGCUGAACAAACUCCUGGAAGCAGAGAACCGUAAACACAAGGACAUUCUGCAGUGGGACUUUCAUGAUUCCUUCUUUAACCUCACACUCAAGCAGAUCCUUUUCUUAGAAUGGAUGGAGAAAUUUUGCCCCAAUGCCCACUUCCUGCUCAACGGGGAUGAUGACAUUUUUGCAAAUACAGAUAACAUGGUGGUGUAUCUUCAAGGGUUGGGUGAUGAUGGUGCCAACAAACACUCAUUUGUUGGCCACCUGAUUCAGUAUGUUGGACCAAUCAGGAAUACGGCCAGCAAAUAUUAUAUCCCAGUCCAAGUGUAUGAAUCUGAUAGGUAUCCUCCCUAUUGUGGUGGAGGAGGUUUCCUGCUUUCACGUUUUACUGCAAGGACCAUCUACAAUAUGUCUCACUCCAUCAAUAUACUACCCAUAGAUGAUGUUUACAUGGGAAUGUGUCUGGAAAAAGCUGGACUGAAACCCUCGUCCCACAUAGGCAUUCGGACUGCCGGCCUACACAUUCCCUCCAAAGCACUGGAUCCUUAUGACCCUUGCUAUUACCGUGAAAUGAUCCUAGUUCACAGAUUCCUGCCUCAUCAAAUUUAUAUAAUGUGGCAUGAAGUCCAUCAGCAAGAUCUGAAAUGUGGAAAGACGCUCAGAACUCUUUAAGCUGUAACUCUAGCAUGAAUUUUUAUUCAUUUAGCCACAGCGACAGACAGUAUAAUGAAAGUGUGCAUGUGUACCUGGGCUGCAAGAUACGGAUAUAAAACGUUUAAUAAAGGUAUAUUUUAAUGAUGA